AUGUCUCUCCAUUCGCACUCCUCAUUCACUCUCUUCCCUAACCUCCCCCUCGAACUCCAACACCAGAUCUGGUUCUACACUCUCCCCGGUCCGCGCCUACUCCGCAUAGACUACUCACCGAUUCUUCCCAACGGCCAAUAUGUCACCACCAAGUCUCUCGAUCUCUAUACCACUUUCCCUAGAUCCUACGGUCGCCAAUUACCCAUGAUACUGCGUAUCAACAAAGCGUCUCGUGAAUACGCCCUCACGCAACUUGUCGAACGGUUCAACUGUUAUUGGAAUCUAAAAAUAGAUAUUCCCUAUAUUCACGCGCGAGAGUAUCGAAAAUCCGAAGCCCGAUUUACGAUGCAGUAUCUAGCGGAAAAUGGAGGUCUGGAAGGAUUUAGAAAUUUGGCGCUUGAUGUGGACUUACUCAAUGGAGGAGAUAGUUCUGAUAUCAUAGCCGCUGUCCAGAGAUGUCCCAACCUCUCGAAUCUCUUCUUGGCCUAUCCGUCAAUAGGUAUCUGGGAUAAUCCAGAAGGACCGGAUGAUUUGGAGCCUUGGUAUAUAGGACCACCGUCAGUAGGUGAAGUUAAAACAGUUUGGGGGAAAACCGCUAUGACUAAACUUUCUGGAGAUGUUAUGGGAUAUGUGAAAGAUAGCGAUCGAGUGAAGCUGGAGAAUCUGGAAGGGAGAGUGGAGAAAUUGAAUAUUAUCAUGAUGGUUUGGUCGUCGAUGUGCACCGCGUGA